AUGACCACAAAUGACCCAGCUCUGGCCAUCGGCGACGCCACCGAUGAAACUCAGAACUCCGCAUCAGUCGUAGCUGUGUCCAGCUGCAAGCUCCCGCAAUUCUGGUCCAUCCAGCCUCGUUUGUGGUUUGUCCAGGUCGAAGCAGCGCUACAGGUGGCCCGUAUCACAAAUGACGCAUCACGCUACAAUCACAUCGUCAGUGCCUUGGACACUGAUUCAAUGUUGCAGCUAGCGGACUUCCUGCAGAAUCCACCAGAGACCGACAAGUACGCGAAACUGAAGGACGAGAUAUUGAAGCGGUUUUCAGAAUCCAGCGACCGCCAGCUUCACCGAGCGCUCACGGAGGUUCAACUCGAUGACAAAAAACCUAGCCAGCUCCUGCGCCAGCUCAGAAUUCUCAUGGGCGACAGGGCCUCAGAGGACUUACUGCGUAUAAAGAGGUUGGCAUUGUUACCACCAUCUACCAGCCGGUGUCUCAAACUACUCCGAGAUUUCCCUCUAGAUGAGCUUGCUGAAGUCGCAGACGAGCUGAUGGAAAACCAGGCUGGCCAUUCCGUCAUGGCAACACAUCACCAGCCUGCCCAGGCAGCACACAAGGGCGAAAAAUUCGAAAAUUCUCUGCUCACCAGCAUGGCAAAGGACGUGUCCGGCCUUAAACUUGCCAUAGCCGACCUGGUGACCUGUAUCAAGGAACAGGGGAUUACUCGAGACCGACCCCAAGCAGCAUCUGGCCGUCUUCAGCAGUCAUCAUCGAAGGAAAAGCCAGCCUCAGACAGGAAGAAGUUUUGCUACUAUCACCGUCUCUAUGGGUCCAGAGCCAAAAAGUGCGAGCGUCCUUGCACCUUCAACUCAUCGACGGAAAACUAA